AUGCCUGGAAUAUUAGCAGCCCGGGAGUGGCCCGCCUGGCCCGAGUUCGUAUCCCCCAAGGAUGUACCAACAUCUGCCGCCGACGAGGCUACGUUUCAGGCGACCAAGGCUGCCGUCAUCCAGGAGUACGGCGAGAAGGCGUUGACGGAGAGCUGGAUCCAAACCUGUGCCGAACUCGAGAAAGUGACGGCCGAGAUUGUCGACAAGGAUCGCGACAUGAUUUCCAUCCUCAAGAUGGAGGAUAUUGUCGCCGGGCGAGUGAGCGACGAAACCCGAGCCCGGAUGAAGGAAACGGGGUGUUUUGUCGUGCAAAAUGUCAUUGAUCCCGCCACUACCAACCAACUGUUUGCCGACCUCGAUCGAUUUACAGAGGUCAACAAAGGCCGGUACCGCUCGUGGCCGGAGGACAACCCGUCCAUCUUCACCCUGUUCAACACCCCGACCCAGAAUGCCGCUCGCACGCACCCCAACCAACUGCAGUUGAUGAAAUGGAUCAACAACCUCUGGCACUGGUCGGAAUCCAGCACUGACGUGAGUGCCGAGCCGCUCCUCUACGCCGACGCCGUGCGUAAGCGUCCGGCCGGUUCACCAUUCCUCGGGCUGGGACCGCAUAUCGACGGUGGCAGCCUUUGUCGAUGGGCAGACCCGGUCUACAAAAAGGCAUACCAUCCUGUUUUCGCCGGCAACCCUGAGGAAGUCGACGUCUAUGACUUGGAUGCCAGGAAAAACGUCAAGUUUGACCUGUUCCCCGGGAGGGCGCAUACCAGCGUGUUCCGAUCUUUCCAGGGCUGGACUGCUCUGACGCGGACGGCGCCCCGCGAAGGUACCAUUCUCCUGUACCCCAAUGUCAAGACGGUCAUCGCCUAUGUCCUGCUCCGACCGUUUUUCCAACCUCCCGAGGACCCAUCCAAGGUCAUGGAUGCCAGUCAGUGGAAGUUCGACCCAAACCCAGACCAGGCCUUCUUUCCGGGCACCAAGACGUGGGAAAGUCAGCGCCUCAGUGCUCUGUCACACCCACACUUGCGACUGAAGGAGUGCCUGGUGGCGGUGCCGGAAUUGCAACCCGGCGACACGGUUUGGUGGCACACCGAUGUAUGUCACGCCGUGGAUGCCGAGCAUAUUGGCAAGGACUAUGCCAGCGUCGUCUAUAUUGCGGCAGUUCCCACCACCACUGCCAACAAGGAAUAUACGCAGCAACAGUACCUGCAAAUGGCCGCCGGUCUGCCACCAAAGGAUGGCGGCGAAAUGGGCGUUGACGAGUCCAAGUUGGAGGGCUGGACGGGUUUCAGUGAGAACUCAGAGCUGGUCAAACGGCUGAUGGGGUUCUGA